UCUGUGAACAGUUAUCUGAUGUUGUGUUUUUAGUUAGAUGAGACAUUCUCAGUGGUCCUUAGUAGCUACAGCACGCCAGCCAGUCGCCUUGGGAACCGAAGAGAGGUCAACAUUACAGUGCGUAAGAGUGAUGACCCAUUUGGGGUCAUUGAGUUCAUUCAGCCUGGUUUAGACUUCACCAUCAAUGAGAGUAAAGCCUUGGAUGUUUACUCAGCAUAUUACCCCAUUGGAAGAAGCAGGGGUAGGUUUGGGAAUGUGUCAAUCCUUUGGAUUCUUGAGCCAACAUAUUCAGGAGACGUCAAACCAGUGCAGGGUGAGAUCAUCUUUGCUGAAGGAGAAUACCAGAAGAACCUGACCCUGUCUUCUGUGGCAGAUGAGAUCCCAGAGAAAACUGAAAAUUUCACCAUCACCAUUCUGAAUGCAACUGGUGGAGCAAGACUAGGAAACAUGCUCAGUGCUAGGUUAAGCAUUCGUGCAAAUGAUGAUCCCAUAUAUUUCGCCGAGCCUGUGGUUCAACGAGUGCGAGAAGGGGGUGUGGCCAAUUUCACCAUUCUUCGAGCUGGAUUGGCUAAUUUUGUCACCACAGUGAAUUAUCGUUUUGAGUAUGGCGACACGUCAUCAGAAGAUUUCAUUCCACUGAGCAAUGACACAAUGCUGGUCUUUCAUUUUGGGGAGUGGAUGAAGAACAUAUCGGUUGCUGUGGUAGAUGAUAACAUACCAGAGACAGAUGAACCGUUCUACAUUGUUCUCUUCAACGCCACAGGUGAUGCAGUUGUUUAUGGUCAAAUUACUGCUACAGUGGUGAUUGAAGCCAAUGAUGAUGCCAAUGGCAUUUUCUCUCUGGAUUCAGCUCAAAAACCAGUGGAGGAGGGAAAAACCAAUAACUUUUAUGUUCUUCGAGACAGAGGACAUUUUGGCAAUGUCACAAUAUACUGGCAGCUGUUUGCCAAUGACACCCCACUUGAGCCCUAUCAAGAAUUUGUGAACACGUCUGGAUUUAUAACAUUUCGCACAGGGGAGAAGACAAAACCCAUUGUUCUUGAAGCCAUCUCAGACAAGCUCCCAGAGUUCAAUGAGUUUUAUGAGCUCAGACUUAUGAACGUCUCAG